UUUUCCUUUUAUUUCUUUUACUUUUAGAAUACCUCCUGCCUAAUGACCAAGGUAGUGUACAGUGCAUUAAAGAUGCAAAGGGUAAGCAAGUGGAGAAACCAUACCGGUGUCAGGAAUGUGGGAAGUUCUUUGCUUGGAGAAGUAACCUUUUGGUCUACAAGAGAAUCCACACAGGAGAGAAACCUUACAAAUGCCAAGAUUGUGGGAAAUGUUUUGGUUGCAAGGGAAACCUUGUGAUGCAUGAAAGAAUCCACACAGGAGAGAAACCAUACAAAUGCCAAGAGUGUGGGAAAAGUUUCACUCAGAAGUCAAACCUUGUGAUGCAUCACUCAGUACACACAGGAGAGAACCCAUACAGGUGUCAGGAAUGCGGGAAACGUUUUGCUCAGAAUUCACCACUUGUGAAGCAUAAGAGAAUCCACACAGGAGAGAAACCAUACAGAUGCCAAGAGUGUGGGAAAUGUUAUACCCGCAAUGAAGACCUUGUGAUCCACCAGAGAAGCCACACAGGAGAAAAGCCAUACAGAUGUAAGGCAUGUGGGAAAUGUUUUGCUCAUACUUCACACCUUGUGAGUCAUCAGAGCCUCCACACGGGAGAGAAACCGCACAAGUGUGACGUGUGUGGGAACUGUUUUGCUCAGAUUGCGAAUCUCAUGACUCACAAGAGGGUCCACACAGGUGAGAAACCUUACCAGUGCCACGUGUGUGGGAAAUGUUUUGCUCAGAUUUCAAAUCUUGUGACUCACAAGAGAGUCGACACAAGAGAGAAACCACACAAAUGCCAAGAGUGUGAGAAAUGUUAUAAUUGCAAGGAAGACCUUUUGAUCCACACAGGAGAGAAAUCGUGCAAAUGACAUGCGAGCUAAAUUUUUGAUCCAUCAGGGAGUCCAUUUAGAGGAGAAACUCUGAAGGUCCAGUGGCGUGGCUUAUGUUUGUCUUCCAGCACUUUAGAGUCUGCAUAGGAUGGAAACUUUCUCAAAAUCUUAAUUGUAAAAAUAUUUUUACUAGACCUUUGGAGUGUCUGUGAAAAAAGGAGGGCAUUUCUUUUUUAAAGUAUGCAGAAUAAUAGAAAUGGCUUGUGUUUUUCAGAGGAGGCAGUAUUCAGAAAAAGGAUACUUUGGGGCAGUAAUAUAAAUAAAUAUAGGAUGCUUGUAGAUACCAGUGAUCCGGACUGUGUUCUACUUGCAGUAUCCAG